CGGCUCCGCCCCCGCAGACCACGCCCCGCUCCCGUGUGCCGAAUGCUCCAUAUCCGGGUUCCCGCCGCCGCCGCCGCCGUCGCCGCCGCCGUCGCCGCCUCGCUCAUUCAGCUUUGCCGGGAGUGGUGUGAUUCCCGACCAAAAUGGCGGCUGUGGGGCGAGUUGGCUCCUUCGGUUCCUCUCCGCCGGGAUUAGCCUCGACUUACACAGGGGGCCCCUUGGCUAACGAGCUAACAUCGGGCAACGGCGGCGCCGCGGCGGGAGACGACGAGGACGGGCAGAACCUUUGGUCCUGCAUCCUCAGCGAGGUCUCCACCCGCUCGCGCUCCAAGCUCCCCGCCGGGAAGAACGUACUGCUGCUGGGUGAAGAUGGAGCUGGAAAAACAAGCUUAAUAAGAAAAAUUCAGGGAAUAGAAGAGUACAAGAAAGGAAGAGGGUUGGAAUAUUUGUACUUAAAUGUUCAUGAUGAAGACAGGGAAGAUCAAACAAGAUGUAAUGUAUGGAUCUUAGAUGGAGACCUGUAUCACAAGGGCCUCCUUAAAUUUUCACUGGAUGCCAUUUCUCUGAAGGACACUCUAGUUAUGCUGGUUGUGGAUAUGUCAAAGCCUUGGACUGCUUUGGAUUCUCUACAGAAAUGGGCAAGUGUUGUUAGAGAACAUAUUGACAAAUUGAAAAUUCCUCCUGAAGAAAUGAAAGAAAUGGAACAAAAGCUGAUUAGAGACUUCCAAGAAUAUGUAGAGCCGGGAGAAGAUUUCCCAGCCUCUCCUCAGAGAAGAAAUACUGGGUCACAGGAAGACAAAGACGACAGUGUGGUUUUACCUCUGGGUGCGGACACACUUACACAUAACUUGGGCAUCCCAGUACUAGUAGUUUGCACAAAGUGUGAUGCCAUUAGUGUAUUGGAGAAAGAACAUGACUACAGAGAUGAACAUUUUGAUUUUAUUCAGUCACAUAUCCGGAAGUUUUGUUUACAGUAUGGUGCAGCACUUAUUUACACUUCAGUAAAAGAAAACAAAAAUAUAGAUUUAGUAUAUAAAUAUAUCGUUCAGAAACUGUAUGGAUUUCCUUAUAAGAUUCCUGCUGUUGUUGUGGAAAAAGAUGCAGUAUUUAUUCCAGCAGGGUGGGAUAAUGAUAAGAAAAUAGGAAUAUUACAUGAAAAUUUUCAAACAUUAAAAGCAGAAGAUAAUUUUGAAGACAUUAUAACUAAACCACCUGUCCGAAAGUUUGUACAUGAGAAGGAAAUUGUGGCAGAAGAUGACCAAGUGUUUCUUAUGAAGCUACAGUCCCUUUUAGCAAAGCAACCACCAACUGCAGCUGGAAGGCCUGUGGAUGCCUCACCAAGAGUCCCAGGAGGCUCCCCUCGAACACCAAACCGAUCUGUGUCAUCCAAUGUUGCCAGCGUGUCACCCAUUCCUGCAGGGUCAAAAAAAAUUGAUCCAAACAUGAAAGCGGGAGCUACAAGUGAAGGUGUCCUGGCAAAUUUCUUCAAUAGUUUGCUAAGUAAAAAGACUGGCUCUCCAGGAGGCCCUGGUGUUGGCAGUGGUAGCCCUGGAGGUGGGACUGGAGCUGGAAGCAGUGGUUUACCGCCAUCCGCCAAGAAAUCAGGCCAGAAGCCUGUCCUAUCAGAUGUUCAUGCAGAACUAGACAGAAUUGCACGCAAACCAGUUACAGUUUCUCCUACAACACCUACAUCUCCUACGGAAGGAGAAGCUUCUUGAAGAUACCAAAUAAAGCCAUUUAUUCAGUUUUUUGGGAUUAUGUAAACUGGUCUCUGCCUUCUCCUUGAAAAGUGGAAUUAGGGAACUGGAGUGCUUUUUCAGAUGGACUAAAUUUCUUUCUUUUUUUUUUUUUUGUGGUUGCCCAUUUUUAUAAAAGGAAGCUAUACAGAAGAAAAACUAUUCUACACUAUGUAGGAUUGCUCUUUGCAUUGCCACUUUGCAUAAGGAAAUAAUUUUGGAUUUUGAAAAACUCAAAAUUUAUAGAUCUGAAAUACAGCCAUGUGAUCAUACUCUAAAGGCUCUUUAAAACAUAAGAGGGUUUAGGAAAGGGCAGAAAAUAAUAUGCUUUGGGCAUUUGACUGACUUGGAAGUCCAAGCUUAUUUUAGUUAAGACUAUUAAAAUCAUUUGAAAAAUUAUGUGUUAGUUUUGCUGGAAAAGAGAAAAUGGUCAAUUGUCAGAUUUUCCACACCAACGUAAAUAUAACACCACACAUGGAAUAUACUGAGAAAACUAUCAGAUAGCAUUUUAUACACUAGUCAUUGUGUCAACCCACGAUCUGUAAGCUCUCAUCAAAAUAUGAUUUUGAAAUAUUGGCCAAGAUUCAUUUCUUUAACUGAGAAGAAAAGAAAAGCACACUGCCUAGAUGCAUAAAAGAAAAAUGCAGAGGUUAUUAAAACGUAAAGAGGUAACAGUCUUUGGAUUUGUCUAUCUAUAUCUGUAUCAAUAUAUAGAUAUAGAUAUAUAUAUGGCUCUGCCUUAAUAUACCCCUUUUUUGUUUGUGACAUUCAAUUGUAAUCAGUUAAUAAAGUAUUUAUUCUCUGCAUUCAGGUUCAAAUAACUUGUUGCAUUCUCUUAUACAUAAUUUGUAUUUAUUGGACAAUGAAUGAUUCAUUAGUAUUUUGAGGUGUUUGACUUAAUAGGAUUAUUAAGCAUUCUGAUCUUCUUUGUAAGAGACAAGUGAAUACAUGAGAUUCACUAACCUGUAAGUUUCCUUAAGUUGGGAGUUUACCUUGAUCAACACAACUUCCCCACAAGCAUGUCUUGAACUACAGAAUCUUAUGUCAGCAUUUCUAGUAGAUAAAAUGUAGCCUUUUACCAUUAUUUAUCGGGCAGAAGCUAUUUUAAAAGCUUGGCAAAUGCACUGACACAUAGGUCCUCUCUUACAGGUGAGAACACCUGUUAGUAGUUCCACCUGAAUUUUCAGUACUGUUUUUAAAUGCUUGUUUUAGAACCUUCAUAAGAACAAUUUGACUUCUUGCUGAAGUUCAGCUAGAGAACACAUGCACAUUUAACUUAUUGAAUCAUUACAGAUAACGGGAAAAAAUGGCUACUGCCCUUUACGUUGGCCUUUGUUAUUACUUUAAAAUAUAUAUUCCAAAGAGUUUUUUUCUUCAGCAAAAUGUUUGAGGACAGUACUUCUACUAUCUAACAUAAUCCUUUCAUUAAAACUUUAAAAUCUUUACUUUUAAACAGUAUUUGUCUCCUAAUAGUUGAAUAUAAAUGCUAAAAAUACAUGAGAGGGUAAUAAUUAGUUUCAAGGUGGGAAAACUUAGGUUGUUCAUGGGAACAGAAAAAUGAAUUUGUAAAAACAUUUUGCUUGAGGAAAUACGAGAUGAAAAAUGCCACUGGUAGAAUCUUUAGUCUGGAAUGGGUUCUGCAGUCAUGGUGUUGUAAAGACCAGUUUUUCUAAAGUAGUACCUGAUGAAAUAAGGGAGACUUAUGAAAGAAAAUCACUGACUGGGCAUCAUGGUAUACUUUGAUAUGUCUGCUGUGUUUGCAUGUCUAGGCCAACUCGUUCUUUUCUGUGUGACAUUGGAGACGUACUAGAAAAUCCUUGAAAUUGAGUCAUUAGCGGAAAUAACUGUAAUUGUUCACUUUAUAGGGCAUUCAGUUUUAACUAAUCUAAAACCUUGUGUUUACCAUGUUUAAACCUUAAACCAAUUUUUGUCCCUAUUUUUUGUAAGGAAAUUUGUUUUUAAAACUACCUAAAACUUUUUGUUUUUAAGCACUUUUUAUUCAAGUAUACAUUAAAGAAAAGUAUACAAAUUAUGGGGUAUAAUGUUUGAAAGACCACUAAUCACAUCACCACCAAGGUCAAGAAAGACAUUACUGGCAUCCCAUAUGCUUCCUAUGUGCCCCACUCAUCAGCACUCCUACCCACCAAGUGACCACUGUCCCAACUUCGACAGCCAUAUAUAAGUUUUAUUUAUUUUUAAGUUUUAUAUAAAUGGGAUCUGAGAGUUUAUAUUCUUUUUGUGCAAGGCUUCUGUUCAAUAUUCGUUCUGUAACACAUCAACAAAUCCAUGUAGCAAUAAUUAUAUCUUUUCAUUGCACCAUAAUAUACCACCUUGCAAAUAUGCUGUAAUUUAUCCAUGAUGCUAUUGAUGGAUGUAUAUUAGUUUCGUAUUGCUGCUGUAACAGGUUACCACAAUUUAGUGGCUUAAAACAAUACAAAUUUAUGAUCUUACCAUUCUGGGGGUCAGAAUUCCAAAAUCAGUCUUCCUGGGCUGAAAUUAAGGUGUCAGCAGUGCUGAUUUCUUUUGGAGGCUCCAGGGAGCAUCUAUUUCCUUCCUUUCCAGCUUCUAGAGGCUGCUUGCAUUCCUUGGGUUCCUGGCCCCUUCUCCAUCUUUGAGGUCAACCGUACAGCAUCUUCAGCUGGGUGCUUCCAUCACAUGGCUUCUCACUCUGAACCAGCUGCCUCCCUCGUGUCAGCAUCCAUGUGAUUAACUUGGACCCACCUGAGCAAUCCAAUGUAAGCUCCCUCAACACCUCACUCUCCUUGCUAGCAUGGUUUCUGGAGAAAUUGGGCAUCAUUCUUCGCUCCUCCAUAGGUUUCCCCCGCUUUGGCUUCUUUCAAGGUUUUUUAUCUUUGAUUUUAUGCAGUUUGAUAUGUUAUGCCUAGGUGUAGUUUUUUGGAAUUUAUCCUUCGUGUUCUGUGAACUUUCUGGAUCUGUGGUUUAGUGUCUUGACAUUAAUUUGGGGGAAAUUCUCAGUCAUUAUUGCUUCAAAUACUUCUUCUGUUCCUUUCUUCUGGUAUUUCCAUUAUAUAUAUGUUACAUCUUUGUAGCCCUACAGUAUUAGGAUAUUCUGUUCCUUGCCCCCUCCCCCUGCGGUCUUUUUCUCUUUGCUUUUUAGUUCUGGAAGUUUCUGUUGUCACACAUAUUGUCACCCAGAGAUUCUUGACACAGCCAUAUCCUGUCAACUAGCCCAUGGAAAGCACUGUUCAUUUCUGUUAGUUUUUUUUUUUAACUCUAGCAUUUCUUUUUUAUUCUUAGAAUUUCCAUCUCUCUGCUUAUUAUUGCCCAUCUGUUCUUGCGUGUUGCCUACUUUUUCUGUUAGAGCCCUUAGCAUAUUAAUCAUAGAUGUUUUAAAUUCAUGGCCUGAUAAUUCAUCAUCUUUGCCAUAUCUGAAUCUGAUUCUGAUGCUUCGUCUCUCUCUUCAAAAUGCUUUUUGCCUUUUACUGUGCUUUGUAAUUUUCUGUUGAUAGCUGGACAUGAUGCACUGGGUAUAAAGAACUCCAGUGAAUAGACCGUUAGUAAAGUGGUAAGGUGUUGCAGGGAGGGAAAGCAUUCCCUAGUACUGUAAUUAGGUCUCAGUGAGCCUGCACCCGUGGGCUGUGAACUUCACAAGUCUUUCCCAGACCCCAUCUCCACCCCCAAGCCCUUACACCUUAGGUGGGGCAGGACGGCUAGAUGGGGAACACCAGGGGAUUUUUCUCUGAUUUUUCCCUUUGAGAUCCUGGUAGAGCUUCUGGAGGUAAAACUCACAAAAGUGUGGGGGAACCGCCUGUGACUAGGGUUUUUAACUCACAGACUUGCCUACUCUGAGUCUCCAGCAAUUUGUCAAUUACAGUUCAGACUUUCUUUUCCCAGAACUGUCUCCCUCAGAGGUUUCUGCUUGGGAGUUUCUAGUUAAGCAAGUUGUUAUUCUGUGUCCACUUGCCAGUCUCCAAUUCUGGGAACAGGAGUUGGUCCUGGGACCUCACUUCUCUGACAAAUGGAGUUGAUUUUUCAGUUCAGCCUUUUACUUGUUGGGGUAGAGAGAUGACUUCCAAACUCCUUACUUGAUGGCUUGGAAACUGGAAGUCUCAUUUCUCCCUCUCAAAAUCUAAGCACAUCUACAAAGUCCCUUUGCCAAACAAGGUAACCUUCCCAGGUCCCCAGGGAUUAGGAUAUGGACACCUAAGUAGGAUCAUCAUUAAGCCUCCGUACAAGAUGUUAGCAACUUUAAGCUUUUCAAUUGCUAUUAUGAAUUGUGCUGUUACGAACACUCAAAUGUGUCUGGUGGGAAGUACAUUCUAAUUUCUAUUGAGUAUAUAUGUAGAUGUGGAUUGCUGGGUCCAUAGGCUAAGUGUAUAUUCAGCUUUAGUAGAUGCCAAAUGGUUUUUCCAAAAAGGCUGUAAGAAUUUCCAUUCCUGGGAGAAGAUAUUUGCAAAUGAUAUAUCUAAUAAGUCUAGUAUCCAGAUUAUAUAAGGAAUUAUUACAACUCAAGACAAGUAACCUAAAGUUAAAAUGGCCAAAGGAUUUGAACAGACAUUUCUCAAAAAAAAAAAAAACAACACAAAUGACAAGUGCAAGGAAAGAUGCUUAUUCUCAUUUGUAGUUGGGGGAAUGCAAACCAAACCACAAUGAAAUACCACUUCACAACCAAAAUUUAAAAUGAGUGUUGGCAAAGAUGUGGAGAAAUUAGAACCCCAUACAUUGCUGGUGGGAAUAUAAAAUGUAAAAUGGCAACCACUUUGGGGAACAAUGUGGUGGUUCCUCAUAAGGGUAUACACAUAGUUACCAUAUGACCCAGCAAUGCCACUCCUAGAUAAAUACACAGAAUGAGAACAUAUGUCCUCACAGAAACUCGUAUACAAAUGGUUAUAAGCAGCAUUAUUCAUAAUAGCGACAAGAUGCAAAGAACCCAAACAUCUACCAACAGACAAAUGGAUAAACAAAAUGUGGCAUAUCCUACAAUGGAAUAUUUUUCAGCUAUAAAAAGGAAUGAGGUAUUGAUACAUGCUACAACAUGGAUAAACCUUGAAAACAUGUUAAGUGAAAGAACCUAGUCAAUAAAGUCACGAUACAGGAUUCCAUUUAUGCAAAAUUUCCAGAAUGGGCAAAUGCAUUGAGACAAAGUAGAUUAGUAGUCUGUCUUUCAUUUUAGACAUGCUGGCAGGUAUACAGUAGGAUUUUCUAGUGGUUUUAAUUGUAUUUCCUUGAUAACUAAUAAAAUUAAGCAUGUUUCAUGUUUAUUGGCCAUAUAGAUCCCCUCUUUUGUAGAGUACCUGUUCAGGAGUCUUAGGAGUCUUGUCCCUUUUAUUUUCUUUUUGGGGGGAGGAGAGGGGUGGGAGGAAGGUGAGGGGGAAACUAUCUGACUUUUUCUUACUGACUUACUCUUUACCUAUUCAUGAUGCUAGUCCUUGUCAGUAUGUAUUGUAAAUAUCAUCUCUCAUUUUGUGGUUUGCCUUUUCACCCUCUUAUUGGUGUCUUUUGAUGAAUAGGAGUUAUUGAUUUUAAUGUUCCACCUGUCAGCUUUUCUUUAUGGUUUUUGCUUUUAUGACCUAUUUUAAAGAAAUCUUUGCCUUCAAGGUGAUGAUAUUCUAUGACUUUUUUUUUCUAAAAGAUUUAUUGUUUUACUUUUCUACAAUCCUGGGAUUGAUUUCUAUGCAUGGUGUGAAGUAGGGAACAAGAUUCUUUUUUUUUUUUUUCUUUACCAUGGGUAUUCAAUUAGUUCAGUAGCAUUGUUGGGAAAAUCAUCCUUUUUCACCUCACUGCAGUGCCGCUUUGGUCAUAAUUUGUCCAUUUAUGUGUACUUCUGUUUCUGGACUUUCUUUUCUCUUCCAUUUGCCAGUUUGCCUAUAAUGUACCAAUACUACAGUCUCAAUUUCUGUCCUUUAUCUGGUAAUCAAGUCCUCCAGUGUUGUUUUUCCUUAAGAUUGUUUUUGCUAUUCUUGACUCUUUGCAUUUCCAUAUAAACUUGAGAAUUAACUGGUCCAUUGACACACACACACACACACACACCCUGCAUUUUGAUUGAGAUUGCAUUGAAUUUAUAUAUCAAUUUGGGGUUCAUUUGUCAUCUUUAAAACAUCUUCCAAACUAUGCACAGGAAUAUCCUUCCACUUACAUAGAUUUUCUUUCGUUUCUCCUGGCAAUAUUUAUAUUUCUCAAUGUAUCAUCUCGCACCUCCUGUUGGUAGAUUAUUUUUUCCAGUGAAUUUUUUGAUGCUCUCAUAAAUGACAUCCUCUUAAAAUUUCAUUUUAUUUGUUGCUGGUGUAUAGAAACACAUCUUUUUCAUGUUAUCCAGAAACCUUAUUCAAAUCCCUUUAUUAAUGUAAUAUUUCAUGUAUAAUUUAUUACGGAUUUUUCUACAUAGAAUUAUGUCAUCUGCAAAUAAUUCGUUUUAUUAUCUCCUUUUUAAUGUUGUCCUGGUUUAUGACACCUGUACACCAAUAUAGAAUACUAUAGAACCGAUGAGAGGAAGCAUCUUUAUCUUGUUCCCCAUCUCAGAGUGAAAGCUUUUAAUAUUCCACUAUUAAGUGUAUUUGCUGCAUGUUUUUUUGUAGAUACUCAAAGAAAGAAAGUUCUCUUCUUUCCUAGUUACUUCAUAUCAUGAGUUUUAUCAUGAAUGAGUGUUGACUUUUAUAAACUGUUUUUUCUUUAUUGAGAUAAUCAUUUUUUUUUCUGUUAAUGGUAUCAUUUACAUUACCUUUUAAGAAUAUUAAGCGAACUUUGUAUUCCUGAAAUAAAUCUAACUUGAUCUUGAUGUAUUAGUUUUAUUAUAUUGCUGGAUUUGGUUUGCUAACAUUUUGUUAGGAUUUUGCAUUAUGCACCCGAGAAAGAUUGGCCUGUAAUUUUUAUUUCUCAUCAUGUUUUUGUCAGUGUUUGAUAUCAAGAUUAUGUUGACCUCAUAAAUCAAGUUGGGAAGUAUUC